AUGAACAACGAAUCUUCAAGCAAAUUCAUUUCAGCAUUAGUUAAGGCACUGCAGACAUUGUGUCAUGGCUAUAUUGAAUUUAAUGAUGGCAUUGAAAUUAUAGGUCACAUUUAUUUGAAUAUUGACAGUGGUUCAAGCUUUGAUUAUGUGGUCAAAGAAAAACUCUGCAAGAGCACAGAAAACUCCACAGUUUUUGUCAGCAAAAGCUUUCAGGCUCAAGCACCGCUUGAUGAGUGUCUGACAAGAAAAGACAAAAAUGACCAUGCUACAGAGUUUGAUGAUGCUCCAGAUAUGUCCCCAACAACUGGGACUACCAGGAUAGCCUCAGCCAUCACCAGCAUUAGCAACGUCUUAUCUGGAGCACAGGAUAGUCAAAGGUCUAGGCUCUUGGAUCAUUCUUCUCUUCACCCUUUGCCACAGAAUACAGGAAAGCGGAAAAGAGAACACAAUGGCAGCUAUGGCAGUUUGCAGCCCCCAGUCAAGUAUACCACUCUGCAAGCAUCAUCCUCAUCCUCUUCACCGUAUUUCAGCAGUGAACCAUCGUCAAAGUUACCAGCAGACAGAAACCAUUCAGAACACUUCCAUGCUUCUGCUCAUGGGGAAUUUUUUGGUGCUGACAGCAACCCGAGCUCCGGUAUGGGUGCAGACGAGGAGGAUGAUCUUCACUUAGAUGUGACUUUUGUGAAAGAAGAAUAUCAGAGAAAUUCCAGCCAUCGAGGAGCCCCAGCCAGUGCAGCUUCACGGCUUAAUCAAGAUUUACCCUCCAAUCACUCACAUAUGCUUCAUGAUGGAACAUCUGGAGUUGGUGCACUGGGCUACUCAUCAGGGCAUCACCAAGGAUCACAUUUUGCUAGUGGAACAGCUGGAGACAUAGGAAGCAUAAAUGACAGUUUUCAUGACACUUCUCAAGUUGACAUUGGUCACAAUGCAGCACAGGGGCCUCCCAAUCCUCGAACCUCAAUGACACUCCAGGACCCGUCUUCAGCAAACCGUCAAGACACUACUCCAUCACCAGAAGGUUCUGCCUUUGACUUGUCAGCUACAUCUCAUUUCUCGUCACACAGUUUUCCCAGACAAAAGGGCAUUGAGCUUGUCCAUACCUCGAGACAGACUAAAUGGGCCGUUGCUAGAGCCAGAG